AUGCGGCUUUCAGGUCGCCGCUUCUUCCUUCGGGGCGUGCUAGUACUGGAGCGUGGGGAGGUAUCAUCCAAUAGGUAAGUAUGAACAUUUAGAGUGUCUACGGAGGUUUGGGGGAACGUGCAUCCGGAAAUUGUAUCGCUUGAAUCACUUGCGCUUUCUGAGUUCUGAGUGGUAUAUAAGGCAAUAACUUGAAAGCCUUACUGGUGACAAUGACUGGUCAUCGUCCGACACCCAAUUCCUACUGUGAUACUUUUUAUAAGGCCUUCUACAUCGGUGUGGUCGGUCUGGCAUAGUUCUCUACAACCUAUGAAACCAUCAGGGCCGUACAGCAGCUCCCCAGCGGGAAAGCACCCGGAUCGGACGCGAUCCCCGCUGAGGUCUACAAGCACGGAGAUCCCCUACUGAUGGAUCACCUGACUGCGCUCUUCCAGGAGAUGUGGCGUCAAGGUGAUGUCCCGCAAGACUUCAAAGACGCAACAAUCGUGCACCUAUACAAACGCAAAAGAAACCGCCAAGUGUGCGACAAUCACCACGGCAUCUCCCUACUGAACAUCGCCGGGAAGAUCUUCGCCCGCAUCCUUCUCAACCGCCUCAAUAAUCAUCUGGAACAGGGCCUUCUGCCGGAAAGCCAAUGCGGCUUCCGUCGUCAUCGUGAAACCACGGAUAUGAUCUUUGCCGCCCGUCAACUUCAGGAGAAGUGUCAGGAGAUGCGGACCCACCUGUACUCUACCUUCGUGGACCUGACGAAAGCCUUCGACACUGUGAAUCGUGAAGGACUGUGA